CCGGCGGGUGGGAGGGGUAGGUGUGGGAACGUUGCGGCGGUGGCCCCGGCCCUGGCGCUCUGGGCGGUUCUGGGGCCAAGCCUGCGCGGGGUAGUUCUCCACCUCCUCGGGCGGCGGUCACCGGCCCGCAGAUGAUGGGUCCCGAGGAGGUCGGAGGGGGCUCGGGAGGAAACGCCAAGUUGCUCCUGGUCUCGGCUCCGGAGCCCGCGGGUCAGGACGGGAAGAUGUUCGCGGCCACGGGCGGCUUUGGCGGAGGUUCUGUCGCUGCGGCGCUGCCCGAGGAGGCUAGGGAAGAAGAGGCAGAGACGCCGCCGCCGCGGCUCCUCCAGCGCUACUUCGCGGCGGCAGGCGGACAACUGGAGCCGGGGCUCUGGUACCGCCCCCGCCCCGCUGGCCUGGCCUGCGCCCCAACGCCCCCGGCAGCCUGGCGCUCGGAGCUGGAGCGCUCGGACCCCUGCUCGCCGGACUGGGGCUGCGGGCGCGGCGGGGUGGGAGCGGCGUGCCGGCCGAGCAUGACCAACGGGGACUCGAGCUUUCUGCUGGGCCGGGACUGCGACGACCCGGAGGGGGUGCGCGGGCUUGCUGGCGCCGGGAACCCCGAGACGCGCGGCUGCCGUCUCGUCGGCCACCACCGCCUGGAAGGGCCUGGUGACGAAGGCGUGGACGGCGCGGGCCUCCGGGACGACUGGGCCGCGCCGCUCGAGGACCCGCUGCGGAGCUGCUGUCUGGCUGCCGCGGACUCCGCAGACCUCCGGGGCGCUGGCAGCGGCUCAGCGGACAGCGAGGACUCGGAGCGGAGAGCGGGGUCGGGGGAGGGCGCGCCCCUCGCCACCUCGGCCCCCGCCCCCGCCGCCGGGAGGACUCGUGAGGGCGCGGAGCGCAGCCCCGGCUUCCCCGACGCCCACUUGAACUCUCGGAACACGUUCGAAGUGAGCCGCCGCCAGAGCGCCGGCGACCACCUGCCCCCGGCGGGCCAGCCCGUGUCCUCGCCCGCUGCGGAGCAGGGCCCGGCCGGGACUACCGCCCGGGCUCGACGGAGCGGCGGCUUCGCGGACUUCUUCGCCAGAAACCUUUUCCCAAAAAGGACAAAGGAAAUCAAAUCAAUUGUGCAUAGUGCUCCUGGUUGGAAAUUAUUUGGUAAAGUCCCUCCCAGAGAAAGUCUUCAGAAGACUUCCAGAAUCAUUCAGCAGGAAUAUGAAGCACGAACAGGGAGAACCUGUAAAGUACCACCUCAGUCUUCAAGACGUAAGAAUUUUGAGUUUGAGCCACUUUCUACCACUGCACUGAUUCUUGAAGACCGACCAUCAAAUCUUCCUGCUAAAUCUGUGGAAGAAGCUUUACGUCACCGACAAGAAUAUGAUGAGAUGGUGGCUGAGGCUAAAAAACGAGAAAUUAAAGAAGCACAUAAAAGAAAAAGAAUAAUGAAAGAACGAUUUAAACAGGAAGAAAACAUUGCAAGUGCAAUGGUAAUUUGGAUCAAUGAAAUACUGCCCAAUUGGGAAGUAAUGCGUAGUACGAGAAGAGUUCGAGAAUUGUGGUGGCAGGGAUUGCCCCCUAGUGUUCGUGGGAAAGUUUGGAGUCUAGCUGUAGGAAAUGAACUAAAUAUCACUCCUGAACUUUAUGAAAUCUUCCUCUCAAGAGCGAAAGAACGGUGGAAAAGCUUCAGUGAAACAAGUUCUGAGAAUGAUACAGAAGGUAUAUCUGUUGCUGACCGCGAGGCCAGUUUGGAAUUAAUUAAGUUGGACAUAUCCCGUACAUUCCCAUCUCUCUACAUUUUUCAGAAGGGUGGCCCAUAUCACGAUGUCUUACAUAGUAUCUUAGGGGCCUAUACAUGUUACAGACCUGAUGUUGGCUAUGUCCAAGGAAUGUCCUUCAUUGCAGCAGUACUCAUUCUCAAUCUGGAGGAGGCAGAUGCCUUCAUUGCAUUUGCAAAUCUCCUGAAUAAGCCAUGCCAACUGGCCUUUUUCCGUGUGGAUCACAGCAUGAUGUUGAAAUAUUUUGCAACAUUUGAAGUAUUUUUUGAAGAAAAUCUAUCCAAACUAUUUCUUCAUUUCAAGUCCUAUAGUCUUACACCAGAUAUAUACUUGAUAGAUUGGAUCUUCACAUUAUACAGCAAAUCACUACCACUUGAUCUGGCCUGUCGCGUCUGGGAUGUAUUUUGCAGAGAUGGGGAGGAGUUUUUAUUUAGGACUGGAUUAGGAAUCCUUCGGCUAUAUGAAGAUAUUCUUCUGCAGAUGGACUUUAUUCAUAUAGCACAAUUUCUUACUAAAUUGCCAGAAGAUAUCACAUCAGAAAAGCUUUUCAGCUGUAUUGCAGCCAUUCAGAUGCAGAAUAGCACCAAGAAAUGGACUCAGGUCUUUGCAUCUGUAAUGAAGGAUAUUAAAGAAGGAGACAAGAACAGCAGUCCUGCUCUGAAAAGUUAAUAUUGGAAAUUAGUAGACAAACUGAAAGAUAAAAAGUAGCUUUGGGGUAAAAGUUUGUUUCCUAUGCAGAAAGCAUGGAAGAAAAUGCUGAAGAAAUCCAAAAGAAUCAAGAGCUAGAGAACUGCAGAGUUUAAAUUCCACAGCUGAAGUAAAUAAGUAAUUUAUUGACAGUAUUAAUAAAAAAGUAUUUUAUAGGGAGAGUCAUUUUUCAGAGAAAAAGGCUUAAGUGGCUAUUACAUACUCCAUAAUUUGGAGUGAAUAAUUUAAUGCAAUAAUUUUUUAAAUAACUUCACAGAAACAGAUUUUUUUGUCUUUUCUUUUUUAACAAUUACCACAAAUGUCCUUCAGGGGUCAGAAUAGGAAUGAUAAAAUACUACUUUAAUCUCCAAAAAAGAUUUAGUGCAUAUGUUAUCUCCAGUUCUGACCUUCUGAAGAUACUAUAGACCAGUAACAAUAAGCAACUUCAGUUGUAAAUUAUUUAAGUCCCUCAAGUUAUUAUCUUCAUUCAUAGGUUAGGACAGUUUUAUUAUCUGGAACUGGAAAUGUUGGUGGGACAUUGUUUCUUGUUUGUUUAUGGUGUUUCCUACAGUGUUGUGUCCCUUUGUUUUUGAAGGGAAAGUCUUUCUCUUCCUUAAGGAAUUCAGAAAGAAUUUUAGCCUUUUUGUUUUUUGUCUGACAAAUUGUUAUGUAGUAACUUAACAUUAAAAAAGCUAAAUAACUGGUAGAAUGAAAGAUCUUUUUGCACUUUAGUGGGCUGAAGACUUGACUUUGAGAGUAAAAAUUAAAAAGUAAUGAAUUCUGAGAGUUCUUAACACAUUACUUGAUGAGACUUCAAAAUUUAUAAUUAAAAUUCCCCUUCUAUCUAUAGAAACAAAAUUUUAGUAAUUUCAGUUUGAAAUUUGAAAUCUUAUAUUGCUAAGUCUAAGACUUGUUGAACACUAUGCAUAAUUUUUUCUAAUUGAUGGAAAAAUAGUAAAAGUAAUUUUACCCUUUUUUUUUAGUCUAACUGGCAUAACAGGUAAAUUGUUAAUCAUUGGUAAACUGUGAUUAAAUUUAUUAUACUUAAUUUUUGAACCUACAGGAAAUCAUUUGAGUACUAUGAAUGAUACCUGUAUAAAAUUCUAUUUGGUUAAUAAUUAGAUUUAUACUGUUUUGACAUUGCAGUUUGGUUUGAAACAACAUAUAAGCACACUAUUUCUAUUAGUGGGGGGACUUACAGUCUUCAAAUUAACAAGCCAGAGAUUCUUCCUUAUUAGUGUAGUAAAGUGUGUUUUCAGGAGUAUGGGACCAGAGGGAGCCCAUAUAUUUUUACCCUAUGGGUUGGUUAUUUUAGCCUAGGGACUACUAGUGGAACCCUUAAGAGUUAACUCCUGUCAUAGGGACUGGCUUAGUGGAAACUGGUAGUGUAAUAAAAUAUUGAGGGCAUGUCUAGGGUCUUAAUAGGUUUUAGGAUGGCUUUUAACUCUGGUACCUAUUCCUUGAUAUUGGUGUCCCAGAUAAGGGGAAUAUAAUCUCUGGCAGUAAUCUCUUUGAGUUUAUACUACUUGGCUAAAUUUAGUACUACUUUUGUGUCUUAGUUUCCUAAGGUGGUCCUAAGUUACUGUGUUUCUUUUUUCUUACUUUUUUAUUGUACAGCUUCUUUACUUUUGAAGUAUAAAUGUGUAUAUAAAAUGUAAAUACAAGGAAUUCACUAAAAACCACUAGCAACAAUUACUAUGUAAAUAAAACUUAUAAGCAGAAUUAUGACUUGAAAUGAGUC